CCAAAAUGUGACAUCAAAAAGGGACCAGAAGACAAGGAAAUAAGAGGAUCCAAAAUAACUUAAGAGCUCUCCAACUCGAAAUUUGCCCAUUCAUUUUCACCAAAAGAGAGAGAGAGAAUGUGGUGAGAGAGAAUGAACAGCAUGAGUCAGUGUACGGUACCAAAUUGGAAUCUAAAGCACCAAAGACGAGAACAAGUCGAAGCUGCAGAAGAGAAAAACAGACCCUCUCACGUGCUGCAGCAUAACCACUUACACCAGAAUCAAACGACUAGCACUAGUCAUCUUGUUCCCAUGUCAAAUAAUAAUGAAGUAGCUGAGCUGACAUGGGAAAAUGGCCAGCUAGCCAUGCAUGGGCUGGGUGGGCUGGUUCCAAAUACGGCCUCUGCAAAGCCCACAUGGGGUAGGGCCGGGGACACUCUUGAAUCACUAGUCCACCGAGCCACAAUAUCCCAAAAACGUCACAGCAAUUUACUCAAUCACCACAAUCAUCACUGUGCCAACCUGGUUGCAUCUUCAAGCCAGAGCCAGAGCUAUGACCAAGUUCCCCAAUUCUCCAAAAGGACGAAAUCUGAAUCCAAGAACCUUAGUUGUAGCAGUAAUGGUAUUAGUAGCAUGCGACAAGUACCAAUGACUACGAGUGCUUGUGUGAGUGGAAGUGACACUACCAUGAUGACUUCCACUUGGGCUAAUUCCUUUGAUUCUUCUUAUUUGACCUUCAACAACGAAACCACUUUUGAAGAUGCUGACACUCAUGGCGGAUUAAUGGAAAACCAAGAUGAAGAUCGAGAAACCAAUGUUGAAUCCGCAGGCCGCUCAAACUCUACUAGACGAACCCGAGCUGCUGCUGUUCAUAAUCAAUCCGAGAGGAGGCGAAGAGAUAGGAUCAAUCAGAAGAUGAAAGCUCUACAAAAGUUGGUGCCAAAUGCAAGUAAGACUGAUAAAGCUUCAAUGCUGGAUGAGGUAAUUGAGUACCUGAAAAACCUUCAAGCACAAGUCCAACUAAUGACUACUAUGAGAAGUGGUAGUAUGCCUCAAAUGAUGAUGCCUUUAGCAAUGCAACAACAUCUUCAAAUGUCACUCUUAGCACGUAUGGGCAUGGGUACUGUUGGACUAGGAAUGGGGAUGGGAAUGCUUGACAUGGCCUCCAUGGCUCGAGCCCCCCCUCAAUCUAUCCCAUCCCUCGUUCAUCCUUCUCAGGUGGCUUCUACGCCUCCUGCAUUUGUUCCUUCUCCUUUCAUGGUACCCUCAAUGAUUCCAACCAACCCUCCAGCUCAAGCAAAACCUGAACAUGGCACUAGUUCUUCAGUUCCAUUGCCUGACCCAUAUUGUGCUCUUCUAGCUCAAUCAAUGAACAUGGACCUCUAUAACAAGAUGGCAGUACUCUAUAGCCAACAAGCUAAUCAGACCACGCAAGCAACAGGCUGUCCAUCUAGGUCAAGCCAUCCGCAAGAGGAUUAAGAAUGAAGUACUAAUUAUUAUUAUCCAACAUUUUAGUAAAGGAAGCACAUCAAUUAAGUUUAAGUGGGUUUCAAACUACAACAUUGUAGAAUCUAAGCUAUAUUGUAAUUAAAAAGUGACAUUGAACGUUUUGUAUUAUGUGAUUAAAACAAUUUGCAUAAUUGAAACUUAUUUUUAGUGCA